UGUCUUGACUGUUUUAUAAAAGUCAAUAUUUUGUUUAAACGGGAACACCAAAGUUUUGUUAAUAAUGGAAUCCUUAGUAAAUAAUGAAAAAGUAACAAUAUUUCCGAUGCUAGCGUGGCAUUUUUACAAAUUAGGUUUAGAUUAAUUUUGGAGCUUUUUUUUUACAAGUGCUUACCAUGAACACCAAGCCAACGAGUAAAGAUCUUUAUUUCAAUGAACUCAAGAGUGAGAAUGAUCAAUUCGGAAAUAUUGUCUUUUAUAUAGAACCGACUCAAUCUCAAUUGAAAAAAGAAGAGUCUUCAAUUUUUUUAUUGCAGUCUCGACAAUGGGAAUUACUUCAUAUAAAUGAAGACAAAAUGCCUAAAACAAGUUUUAAGCCACCGCGUUGUAAGCGAGUUUUUGUUCGAAGGAAAAAAAGUUUACCAGCAGAAGUGGAAGAAACAUUAUACAACGUUGAAGAUAACUUAGUUUUUUGCGGAAACAUAUUUGUAUACGACAUUAUAUGGACGUCAGAAAAUUUAAAGGAAAAAUAUUUAGAAGUUUUCAGUGAGAAGCUUGUACGGAACUUUCAAAAACCAAAUACUUCAUAUGUGCCCAUAUAUAAAAAUGAUGAUUUCGAUAAAACUUACCAAUCAGAUUAUGACUGCAGCUUUAACCAAAGUUUAGAAUAUACAGUUGGGGUUAUUGCUAAACUCACUUAUAAGGUUGAAAAAAUAUUACUUAUUUCCGAGCACUUAUAUGAAAUCAAUCAAUAUAACUUCAAUGAUGUAUACUUAAAAUUGGCCUACGAACCGGUUGUUAUUUGCACAGACUAUUACACAAGUGUUCAAGGUCUAACUACUUCUCAUUUCCAGGUAUCUGAAAAAUUAGGUAAGUCUUGCGAACAUCAUAUCCUACAAGUAACAACACGCAGAGGAUCUUAUUCGGACCUUUCGUUGUCACUUUCGGAGAUAAGCUUAAUCAAAACAUUAUAUCGAAAAAGUAUGUUGCUCGCUAAAGAAAGAUACAGUGACUUACCCGAUGAUGUUUUAGUUAUAGAUUGUCUAGAUGAAAUAGAUAACAGUAAUGCAUCCUUUGAAAAAUCAGUUAACGUUCCAACGUCAGCUGUAAACAGUUUUGAUGACGAUUUCGAAGAUAUUGUUUGGAACGAAGGUUUAUCCGUCUUCAAUGAAAAAAAUAAUAACAAACAUGCACAAAUAAAUAAAGAAGAUCAAGAUAUGAAAGCAAAAGAAGCAAAAAACAGCAAAACUAUUGAUAACAACAUGAAAAGUAAAGAUAAAAAAACUCAAAAAGUUUGUUAAUAGCUUGAUUGAAAAAUCUGAAAGUUUUAAGCAUUUCAACUUUGAAGAAAACGUUUUAAGCUUUAAUACUACACAGAAAAAUGAACAACUUCACGAAAGCGAAAGUGCACACAUGAUUACGCAUUUCAAACCUAUACAAGCCCAAUCCUGCAACAGUUAUCCAACUAGCAAACAAAAUAAACCUAAUACCCCAAUAAAACACAUAUCAACUAACUUAGUAAGCGAACCAAAAAUUGUUCCUCUUUGUAAUAUCAAAAUACUUUUAAAUGCAGACAUGUCUGAUGUGAAUUCUUUAACCGCUUUUAAUAAUUUAGCUGUAAAAAAUAUACCUGAAAAUGGAGAUCCUAUUUUGAAAUCAAAGUUAGUUGAUAAUAAUCAUUCGGUCAAGUACAAUAUAGAGAUUUCCUCCGCAAAAGAAGCCUCUAAUUUGAAAAGUAUCCCAGCAAUAACUGAAAGUUUCUCAAAGAAAACAUUACCUGAGAAUGAGAUAUUGCCUAUUAAAACAAGUUGUAUAAAUAACGAAGACGAAAAAUCUUUAAAACAAUUUGUUAACAGUUUGAAUAAUUUCGAAAGAUACCAUUUUAAACACGUUAAUGUUGAAGAAAGAAGUUCAAACAAUAUUACUGGUCUAAAAAAUGAACUUCCGGAAAAAACAAUAUGCUACCAUAAAAUUACAAUGUGCAAACCGGUAGAAGCAAAAAGCUGUGUCAUUUUUUCCACAAAUGAAAAAAUUCAAAAAAAAACUAGUCUACCCAAUAAAACUUGUAGUUUGGCGUUCGAACCAGUUGUUGUUCUUUGUAACAAAAAUGAGCUUCAAGAAGUUUUACCGUCAAUCAUAUUUGAUUUUGAUAAUUUAUCAGUAAAAAAUAAACUCUCUGAAAACGAAAAGAGUCAUUCUCCGUCGUUUUCAAAUAAUGAAAGCGUUUUUAAAAAUACUACAAAUAAUGAAGAUACUUAUAUAAGUCAAAUAAGUCAUGUUCAGGAUCCUCAUAUUAUAAACUUCAGUACAGAAAAAAAUGUUUGUGAUUCUCCUGGUAAUAAAAACGACGAAACAGAUUUUUCGAUGUUUAUAUCUGAUAUCAGUAUUCUUAAAAACAAAACCUACCCAAGAGAAAUCAAUACUUUUGACGUGUUUUUAGAAAGUAAUUCUGAAUAUGCAAUUAAUCGUAACAAUCUGAAAAAUUUUAAAAAAGAUGGAAAUUGGAAAAUAGAAGGUUGGAAUGAAAAUAAAACUUCGGAAAUCAUUGUAAAAAAUGUAAAAGGAUAUUGCGCUAAUAAUUCUUUAAAUGUUACUAGUACUCCAACAUUUUAUACGAAAAAAACUUUAGUGAAGAAAGAAUCAUCGAUAACUUUAAUAGAAGAUCUUAAAAUAUUACCUGUGAAUACAGAAACUGAGGCAAAAAUGAAGGCUAAUGUAGACGAAGCACUAACAGGAAAAAGAAAUGAACCAACUUUUAAAAAAACUUAUUCCAAUAAAAAAUUUGUCAGUGAAGACAUUAACUUUAAAGUUAACAAGAAAAUGGAAGUAGACAUUAAAAACCUGGAACUAUUAGAUGAAAAUAAAGAUUUUUGUACUUCACAUUCAAAAAACUCUAAAAAUAAAAAUGAAAAUAUAUUUGACAAUGAAAUUUUGCAACUAACAGAUCAAAAACUUUUUUUAAAAGGUUCUGCUGAAAAUACGGCAUUAAACAACGAUAAUGGUUCAAAGCAUUAUAUUAAUUUGUUAAAAGAUAAAAAUGUCGGAUCACUUAAAGACGCUAAUAACUUGCAAAAUAGCGAAGAACAAAAAAUAGAAGAAAAUAUGACCAAAAUUCUAACAGAAUCAAAACUAGCUCUAGAAAAAAUAGAAAAUGAUAAAAAAGAAAAUCAAUUAACUGAAGACGACAUUGCGGAUAAUACAACAAACUUUCCAUUAAAAAGUUUAGAGCAUUGCCAAGAAAGCAAAGAUUCAGGUGAUAGUUUACACAAUAAUCGAUCCAUCGCUACAAAAAGAACAAGUCAGCGCAACAGCUAUUUUAUAAAACUUAAACCACCCUCGGAACCCAACCACCCUUCGGAAGCAUGCAAUUCAGAUGCAAUUCAACAGGUUGAAACUGCUCCAAGUGAAAUAGUACUCACAAAAAAAAAAUCCUUUAAGAAUAAAGUGAAAAAAGUAUUUUUGAAAUUAACAAAUUCUUCAAAAUAUAAAAAUAAAGAAUUAAACUUUGUAGAAAAUAAUGAACAUGAUAUUACUUUAGAAAAUGGCAAUUUAUCUUCGCAGCCGUUUCCAAUGUCAAAAAAUUCAUCUAACACAAAAGACAAGAAGUUAUAUAAUAAACGAUGUAACAGUUUAGACUCUUUUAUAAACGGGGAUUCUGAUGACUUUUUGUCUAGCUCAGAGGAAAUAAAUCUGAGAAAAAAAAAACUUGCUCGUCAUGCUUCAACGGUUAUUAAAUCAAAAGAUUAUUCUCCUGAAGUUGUUGCCAGGGAAACUGAGUUGGAGCUUGAAUGCGUCAGAAAACAAAGACGAAAAUAUCUCUCACAGUCUCAAAAUCUUUCUGCUUGGAAUUUAGAGCAUUAUGAUUCUUUGCAUGCAGAACGAAAUAUGCAAAUCGGAAAGAUAUCUGUACCAGAAGUGUUUUUAACCAAUCAAAAAUUUCAAUCCCCACGAUCAACUUCCGUAGGGAAACUAUCAAUUCCGCCUGCAUUUUCACUAGAGGGUCUUAACCAAUUAGGUUCCAUUGUUGUAACGGAUGAACUAGAAUUUUAAUUUUUAAAAACAUAAAAACGACUACGAUAAAACAUUCUUCUUAUGUGUGUGCGCGAGCGCGUGACUGUAUAUAUUAAUUUAUUAAACUAAUGUCUUAAAAUAUAAAA